AAUUCCCACAAGGAGUGGUAACAGCUAAAUGGGAAGGACUUUGGCUUGACAGCCACAAUGCCCAGUGUUUGCCUUUGCUCCAGGCGAGGUCAUCUUUCACAUUCAGGGAUAAAAAGGUCAUGGCUUCCCAUGGCUUAUUUCUGUCCAAGGAGCAGUUUCAGUGCUGCAUCUGCCAGGAUGUUUUCUCCGAGCCCGUCUCCAUCCCCUGCGGUCACAGCUUCUGCUUCACCUGCAUCAAGGCCCACUGGGAAGGCAGGCUCUCCAUCGACUGCCCCAGAUGCCACACAGAGUACAAGGUCUGCCCGGAGCUCUGCGAAAACUCUUUCGCCAAAGAAAUGUCGGAGAAGAUCCGAGCCGGGAGGCAGGACGGCGUGCCAGGGAUGACGGUCAGCUGCGGCGCGUGCGUGGGGAAGCAAACGAAGGCCCUGAAGUCCUGCCUGGUGUGUCUGACCUCGUACUGCGAGAGCCACCUGGAGCCUCACCUCAGGGUUGGCGCGCUGAAAGCUCACAAGCUGAUUGAACCGGUGGAGAUGCUGGAGAAUCGAGUGUGCAGGAGGCACCAGGAGCUCCUGGAGCUGUUCUGCAGAAGUCACCAGAAGUUUGUUUGUGUGCAGUGCGUCAAAACUGACCACCGCUGCAAUGACACGGUCCCACUGGAACGAGAGAGCCAGGACAAGAAGGGUCAGAUUAAAAUGAUUCAAGAUGAAGUUCAGCAGAGGAUCCAGGACAGGCUGCAGAAGCUGGAGGAGAUCAGACACAAUCUGGAGCUAAGCAAAGAGAACACAAAGAGGGACAUUGAGGAAAGCGGGCAGGUCUUCUCCGCUCUGUCCCGCAGCAUCGAGAGAAGUCGAGCCGAGCUGAUCGAGUUGAUCCAGAGGAAGCAGAAGGCGGCAGAAAUGAGAGCGAAGAGGCUGAUCGCAGGGGUGGAGACAGAAAUCUCUGAGCUCCUGAGGAGAAGAAGGGAACUGGAGCAGCUGCUUCACCACGAAGACCACCUCCACGUUCUGCAGAGCUUCCCGGCUGUGAGCUCUCUUCCGUCUACCGAAGACUCAUCAGACAUCGUCGUCCAUUCAGAAACAUGCCUGGGAACCAUAAGGAGAGCGGUGGCUGACUUUCGGGAGCAGCUGCAACUGCAACUGGACAAACUUUCCUCUCGAGAAUACGAGAAGAUCCAGCAGUAUCCAGCUGAUGUCCUUCUGGACCCCAGGACGGCCAACCCCUGGCUCGUCCUGUCAGAGGACGGGAGGCAGGUGCAGGACGGAGACGUGAUGCGAAAUGUGGCAGAUCUCCCAGAACGUUUUGACAAAGCUCCUUGUGUCCUCGCUCUCAUGGGUUUCACCACAGGGAGGCGCUACUGGGAGGUGCACGUGGGAGACAAAACGGCGUGGGACUUGGGCGUGGCUCGAGCGUCCGUGAAAAGGAAAGGUGCUGUGACUCUGAGUCCAGACGACGGUUUCUGGACCGUCUGUCUGAGGAAAGGAGCUGAGCUCUGGGCCUGUGCAGGAGAGGCGGAGCUGCUGUGCGUUUCCAAAAGGCCAAAGGUCAUUGGCGUGUUCCUGGACUAUGAAGAUGGGGUUGUUUCUUUCUACAAUGCGGAGACCGGGUCACACAUCUAUUCAUUUACAGGGUUUCGCUUCACCGAGGCCAUUUUUCCCUUUUUCAACCCGGAUACGAACGAAAACGGCACCAACAAAUUGCCUCUGACCAUCCAGCCCAUCAGGAAACGGAUCUUCGGCACAGAUUUAGAUGACAUCACUAUAUGAUAUUUUAAAUAUGUAUCCGGCAGCAACGUUUUAUUUAUUAUACCAUUUAUGUUAACAUUGUUUUGCAAAGCUCCCUGUGCAUUUAUCAGCACUCCACCAGUACUGUAGCCUUAUUUAAUUAUUCAAUGUAAUGCCUAAAAAUACUCCAUACAAAAAAAGCUUUAUUUGUACUGAAAAAACAACAACAGAGAAAUGCAAUGUUUUAAUUUGAGUUGAUUUUUUGGACUUGUAUGUGAUAUGGCGUCACACAGAGGCACUGAGGAAAAAAUGAGGAGCAAAUGUAAUCACAUUAAUUUU